CACCAGCCGGAGGCCGCUCGCCCGCGCUCCUGCGGCAGAGGCGGGCAGCCGGGCGCGCUGUGCCCCUCUCCUCCUCCUCCUCCUCCUGCCGUGCGGCUCGGCGGCCCUCGCCAAGAUGUCUCGGGAGCCCGGCUGCAGUCGCUGGCUCUUCUUCGCUGCCUGCGCCCACCUCUUCUUCCUUCUCCCGCCGCUCCGCACCCGGGCUUUUGCUGUAAGUGUAAUUCCUGAAGGUGCAGAAGAUGAGACUGAACUACCAGUGCUGCAGAAGUCUGAAAAAAGUGGAACAAUUAGUAAAAGAAGCAAAGAAUUAAAAGAAAUUGUAUUUAUCAUCCAGAGUCAAAGUAAUUCUUUUCAUUCCAAGAGAGCAGAAGAUCUAAAAAGAGAUAUUUUAAAACAGGCUGCAGAUCUGGGAAAGGAAUUACCUACGGUUCUGCUUAUUCAUCAGAUGGAUGGGCACGAAGGUGCAUGGACAAUAUUACCAUUAAUGAGAGACUUCUCUGUUACCUAUGGUGGGAACUCCUCAUGGAUUUUCUUCUGUGAAGAAGAUACAAGAAUACAAGUUGUAAAGCUGCUAGAAACACUUGGAAGAUUUGAUGCGUCUAAGGAGUGGUUUUUAGGUAAAGCAUUAUAUGAUGAAGACUCUACAAUAAUUCACCAUUAUGCCUUUGCUGAAAAUCCUGCAGUCUUUAAAUUUCCAGAUUUUGCUGCUGGUUGGGCACUUAGCAUUCCACUUGUUAACAAGCUUGCAAAGAAGUUGAAAAGUGAACCACUCAAGUCAGACUUUACAAUAGAUUUAAAGCAUGAGAUUGCCCUGUAUAUUUGGCAGAAAGGGGAAGGACCGCAUCUUACGCCAGUGACCGAGUUCUGCACAGAUGAUAUGAAUUCAUAUAAGGUUGAUCAUUGUGCAACCACAUUCAGUAAUUUUCUGCCGCUUUGUGGAGAGCCGGUGAAAAAGGAAGAUGUCUUUGUUGCUGUAAAAACAUGCCAGAAAUUUCAUGCAGACAGAAUACCAGUCGUAAAGCAGACUUGGGAAAGAGAAGCUGCCCUUAUUGAAUACUACAGUGAUUAUGCAGACUCCUCCAUUCCUACUGUAGAUUUAGGCAUACCUAAUACUGACAGAGGUCACUGUGGGAAAACUUUUGCCAUUUUGGAAAGGUUUUUGAAUCAUAGCUCUCGCAGAACUCCUUGGUUAGUCAUAGUGGAUGAUGACACACUGAUAAGUAUCUUCAGGCUCCGAAAAUUGCUCAGCUGCUAUGACCCAAAUGAACCAGUAUUUCUUGGAGAGCGUUAUGGCUACGGCUUGGGAACAGGAGGAUAUAGUUAUAUCACUGGAGGCGGCGGGAUGGUUUUCAGCAGAAUAGCUGUUCAGAAACUACUUGCUAGUAAAUGCCGGUGUUACAGCAUGGAUGCACCUGAUGAUAUGGUCCUUGGGAUGUGUUUCAGUGGCUUAGGAAUCCCUAUAACACAUAGUCCUCUUUUCCAUCAGGCACGACCAAUGGACUACCCAAAAGGCUACCUUGCUCACCAAAUUCCAGUAUCGUUUCACAAGCAUUGGAAUAUUGAUCCAGUGAAGGAGUAUUUCACAUGGCUGGCACCAAACACAGAAGAGUCACUUAAUGGAAAGAAAGUUGGAUAUAACAGGGAGGAUUUAUAAGCAGUAGAAGAAUUUAAAUGUUGAUUAAUGUACUGCAGGUGAGAGACAGUCGCUACUGUGAUUUUUGUGUUGUUCUCAUGUUGUUCAUCUGUUCAUGACAUAGGAGACAGUGUUUUGUUCCUGCUUGUUACAUUCCUUCAGCGCAAUGGAAGAAGGCACCUAACUGACUUUUGGAUUUGUUUUUUUAUGCUUGGUUUCUUUUUAAAAUGUUUUGGGGCUUUGUAUACCAAUGAACUUGUCACACAUUUAAAAUGUCUCAUACAACUUUAUCUGCGUUCUGGUUUGGACUUUGAGUCAGACAGCAUCAAUUUACUGAAAUAUUGUCGUUUCCUGGGAUAGAUGGUCCAAGCAAGAACCACUGUUGUACCUGUCAGUUUAUUAGAACUUGGAGGGAUGUCGCGUUCAAGUUGGAAAAAAAGGUUAAGGAUGGGGAUUUCUUAAGUGGCCACGGGAGGUCACUGUGGCUCCUUUGGAAACCUAAUUCACUGUGUAUCUAUUUGGCAAGUAUAAAUGUGAUUCUUAAGGACUUCUGCAGAGCUAACACUUCAGUCUUUCUGAUGUGUGCAUUUCAAUAGUAUAUGGAUGCCAGCUUUAAAAAGUUUGUAGUAUUCCUAAUUUAUAUCAUCAAGAUAAGUAAUUUUAUGCGUACAACAUGUAAAGAGUGAUUCAUAUUUAAAAUGUUUUUUUUUCUUCAAUUCAGUUUCGUAAAAAUGUUUGUACAAAAACUGGCUUUAGUAUGUUCUAAACUAAUUUUUAUACUGUACAACAGCUCCUUUUAAGAUGACAGUAUAUGGCACUCAUAUGCUGUUAUUUAACUUUGCUUGCUAUAUGGUAACCAAAUACAGGGUCUUAAAGCCAUACUGCUGAAGUAAUUUGUGUUUUGAUUUCUUUUAGUAGGCUAAAAAUUUAUUCCACUCCAAAGUAAUGCAGUACUUGCUCUUAAGUCAAAGUAGGGGAGCCACUGAUUCCUGUUUCAGUAAUUACUGAAGCUGUAUAAACGUUUGCUUGUGAAUGUACCUUGUGGAAUUUAAACAUUUGAAUAGCAAGCACAUAUUCGUAAUAGAUCCAAAUUCUGAUUAAAUAGGAGCAAUCCAUGAUAUGUGUUUUUCCUUUUUUCUUCCCACUAUCAGUGCCUUAAACAGUAGACAUUUUACUGAUACCAGGACUACAUUCUCCACUACCAUGGGUGAAUUGUUAAUUAUGUUUACUGUUUAGAACUGUGAGAGCUGAAAGCUCAAUAAAAGCAUUUUUCUUUAA